AUGCUGCAGUUGAAGAGUCUCGUGUUAAUGGCGGCCGCAGUUGCAGCGCUGCCCGAGUUUUCUGGCGCUCUGCGGCCUGGCUCGCCCGAAUCCAUCAAAAACCUCAAAGACAAGAUUAAGAAUGUCGUCAUCAUGGUCAUGGAGAACCGCUCCUUUGACAACCUGAUGGGCGGUCAGACGCUGGCCGGCCUCGAGAAUCCUAUCCAGACGGGUCCGUACUGCAACCCUCUCAACAUUAGCCGGCCCGGCAAUGGAAACGGCUGCACCGCGGCGCUCGACUUUGACUCCAUUAUUGACGAUCCUGACCACUCCAUCUCGGGCAACAAUCUCGAGUUUUACGGCUCCUUUACGCCCGACAAUGCUGCCAUCAAAGCGGGCAGUCUCGAGCCAGACAUGAGCGGCUUCCUCACGGAGCAGAUUCGUCUCUACGGUGGCAAGCAGGAUGAAAAGGUGCUCCAAACUCAGGUCAUUAACUAUUAUACGGAGAGCCAGGUGCCAGUCAUAACCGCAUUGACGCAAAAUUUUGUCGUCUUUAACCACUGGCACUCUGACGUCCCCGGUCCUACCAACCCCAACCGCGUGGCCCUGUGCUCGGGUACCUCGGCGGGCAAGGGCAAGAACAACUUCAAGUACAACACCAUGACGCAAAAGUCCAUCUUCCAGCAGGUGACGGAGCUAGGGCUCGAGUGGAAGGACUACCUGGUCGACACGUCGAUCCAGGACGCGCGGUGGUUCACGUGGACGUACGACAGCAACAACACGCACCGCGUCGUCUUCAUGGACGCCUUUUACGAGGACGCGCGCCGGGGCCGCCUGCCGCACCUCGCCUACAUCAACCCGUCGUGCUGCGGCGCGGGCACCAACUCGAUGCACCCGACGGGCCGCGUCUCGGACGGCGAGCAGCUCAUCAAGGACGUCUACGAGGCGCUGCGCGCCUCGCCCCAGUGGAACCAGACGCUCUGGCUCAUCACCUUUGACGAGACGGGCGGCUUCCACGACCACGUCCCGCCGCCCCGCGCCCCGCGCCCGGACAAUGCCACGCACACCGAGACCACGCCCGCCGGCCGCGACUACACGUUUGCCUUUGACCGGCUCGGCGGCCGCAUGCCCACCUGGCUCGUCUCGCCCUGGGCCCGCGCCGCCGUCGAGCAGCGCGGCGUCAACGCCUGCGGCAAGACCGUCUCGUACCGCGCCACGUCGAUUCUGCGCACGCUCGGCUACCUCUGGGGCUUUGCGCCGUAUAACCCCCGCGUCAAGGAUGCGCCUUCAUUUGACCAUUUGAUCGGUACUGAGCUGCGCACUGAUACGCCGGACAGUUUUCCUACAGUCUCGCACUUUCGUUCGUCCUAA